AUGUUAUACCAAUAUCAUUACUUCGAAGACCACGAAGUCAAGAUCCAAAUUGAUGAAAUCGAUACAAAGGAUAUCAUCAACCUUGCACGCAAGUCAAACGUCACAGCAAAGAAGGCUCUCAACGAUCACUACAAAUAUCUUUCAAGAGCGGCCAAACUUCUUGCUCCAACAAUCGGAUGUGACUCUGUCUUGAUUUCACACGAAAGCUACAGCAAGAACAACUGGUACUUCAAUUCUAUCCAAGAUGACCUAUACAACGAAUUCAAGAGAUUCAGCCGUCCACAGUGGAUGCAGAACAUCAGAAUCUACAACCAGGUUAAGGACUUCGACUUCAAUGUUAUCGGUGCUUCAUAUCUUGCAAAGAAAUAUGCUGAGAAUUAA